GUCAGCAUGUGCGAGGCAAGGCAACUGACUGGUACAACACCUCCUAAGUUGUCCUGGGUGGUUGAAGGGAGGUUGCAGCUUCAAUGGGGAUCAUCCUCCCGCGGUUCCCUGGGUCAGGACAGCCACAUCUAGUCAUCUGCUACCUGCCUUUUAUAUUGCUAUGCUGCUACGGAGUACAGUUGAGGGCUUCAACUUCGACCAGCUGCCAGUCAAGCUCAAACUCAACUCAUAGUAAAGUAUGUAGCCAAAGAUCAAUUUUCAUUCAUUUCUCGUUUUGCUAUUCUAUCAUUAUCAUAGUUUUUAUCAUUAUCAUUUUAUCAUUGGAUAAUAUGUUAUGUGCCAAUACUCUCCAAUCAGGAAAAUACUGAACCACACCUAUAAUGAACGACAUAAUUAAUAAAAUCAAAUCGAAACAUCCAUCUAUAA